AUGGAGAAGAAGCAGUUUUUCAGUGGUGGUGGUGGUGGUGGUGGUGGUGGUUGUUUCUCUAAUUAUCAGCAGCAGUUUCAGGGUGGCUAUGCCUAUGCCUAUAAGCAUGGGCUUCAAAUCUCAGAAGCUGUCAAUUACAAUGAUAAACAGAUGCCACAACUGGUAGAGAUUAUUGAUUUGGAGGAUGACUUGGACAGUGAAAUUGUUAUCAGCAAGGGUCCUUUGGGUUUAAAGCUUACAAAGAGUUACUCUUUCGUAAACUUGAUAAACAGGAUUUUAAACACUGAUGAAGAAAAGACUGAAUAUGUUGAUGAUGAGACGACUAAUCAUAGUUCACAUCAUGGUCAGUUUCAAGCCAAAGAUAGUGAACAUGCCGAGAAGUACUUGAAGCCUUUGAACUUCAAUGCAAAGAAACUCAAAAUUGGCACAUGGAAGGGAGUUGCUAAAUAUUUGGAGGUAAAGUGUUAUUUUGCAACCAAAAAGCUAGCAUUGGAAUUUCGUCAAGAGCAAUCAGCUUUGAAGAAAAAAAUGGAAAUAAAGUGGUCUAGUAUUUCAGCAAUAAGAGCUAGAAUUGGGAAAAAUGCAGCUGGAAUUCUUGAAAUUGAGCUUAACAAUCCACCUUCAUUCUUUGAAGAAAGCAGUCCAGAAACACGAAAGAAAACUAUGUGGAAUAUCAGUUCAGACUUCACUAAUAGUCAAGCACUAAAACAUAGGAUUCAUUAUCUUGAAUUUAGUCCAGGAGUACUUGAAAAAAACUACAAGAAGCUCCUAGAAUCCGACACCUUGUGUGAGUUGAGCAAACAACCUUUCCCAAGUCUUAGUUCACAGUACUUUAACUACAAUUACUCAGGUGCCACCACACCAUUGGUUGAUAUUGAACGAGUUCAAGCAUAUCAACAAGCUAAGCGACCAUGCCUUGGUGUUAAUGAUUUGGCUUCACCAAUAUCAUAUUGGCAACAAGUUCAAGCAUAUCAACAAGCAAAACGACCAUGCAUUGCUGUUAAGGAUUCAAGUACUUCACCAUCAGUUACGAAUUUCUCUUUGCAUUCAAAUCAUAUCAUCAACAACCAAGGAUCUGAAUAUCCAAUGAUGGCAAUACAUAAUCUAGAAAUUGUCAAUUAUCCAUAUGCUCCAAUGAGAGAUCAAAUUCAAGGGCCACAUUCUAUUCCUACAACAACACCAGGAAUGAUCAAUUACCCAUAUGUUCUUAUGAGAGAUCAAAUUCAAGGGCCACAUUCUAUUCCUACAACAACACCAGAAAUGAUCAAUUAUCCAUAUGCUCCAAUGAGAGAUCAAAUUCGAGGGUCACAUUCUAUUAAUACAAUAACCCAAGUAAAUCCAGACAUGUUUAAUCAAAACUAUAAUUUAUCAGCUCUUGGGAGUCCUCUUUCAGAUUAUGAUCAAAGUUUGAAUAACCUUCACAGACAAUUGCUUAGCGAUGAUGAUGAAGAAGUUCAAAUCGUUGAUCAAAACGAGUAUCUUGCGAGGAUAGAGUCACUCACUAACUUGUUGGAUUUGGAAAAGGAACAGAACCCCGGAAACAAUACUCAGAUACAAGGCAAUAUCACCAUAAACCAAUUGUCAAGUGAACGACAACUUGCACAUAACCCUAUUAUAAGGGUGAAUUCCUUUAGUUCAUUGAUCUCUUGGUCUUGGGGACCUAGUUCCAAGUGCUAA